AAGGACGCGGGCGGGCCCUCCCCGCGGCCGCGGGGGCCAUGCAGCGCAUGCAGUGGGUCGUCAAGAAGAAGGACCCGGGGAACGCCACCGAGAAGCGCGAGUCCUGGGCGGACAGUUCGCCGCUCGGCAACGCGGAGGUCAGGGUCGAGCCUGCCCCCGCGGCGAUCGGCAGCACACCGGUGAGGGGCAAGCGCCGCAGGGGGAAGUUCGUCAAGGAGGAUCUUGCGCCUGACGCGGAACCUGCCGCGGACGAGGCGGAGUGGGAGGAGGAACAAUGGGAUUGGAGCCCUUACGUCAUUGUCCGGGAUGCAUCCGUGGCGGUGAUGCUCACCAGGUCUGGGAUGCGAGAUAAAGAUUUGCCUGGUUUAUUUGUGUAUUUGGAAGAGGCGCUGAAGAAAGUUCGCGGGUCCAAGCCGUGCCACAAGUACGAUGUCGACCUUUCGGACAACAAGGAGAUCACCGACAGGGGCGUUGUGGAGCACCUGGUGCCCUUCUUGGAACGGUGGCCUGAUUGCCACCGGCUGAAGUUAUACAAGACUUCAUGCGGGGAGGAGGCUAUCUCAUGCUUGGCGCCCUGGGUCAGCAGGGGCUACGCCAGAGAACUUCACCUCUCGGAUAUGGGGGGACAGGUCUCCGGGGAGAGCGUCCUCACGCUUCUCAGACAGGUCCACCGAGGGGAGAAGUACCCAUAUAGGUUGAACGACAAGGCCAGCUGCGCUUUGUGGCUGAGGCUGGAGCACAACGGGAUCCCCAGCAAAGAGGCAAUGAUUGCGGCCAUCACUGUUUUUGUUUCUGCUGUGCGCAUGAGGCACGUUUCCGCAGUUGGCAGCGCUCUCAUACCUGCUCGUUACAUGAUCCAGGUCGGUGCUGCGCCCGCUGCAUGGUGAUACACUCCUUUCACGGGUGGCUGAUCUUUGCACAAGGUGUGCGUGUGUGUUCAAAGUGAUUAUUGGUGAUGCAGCGUUUGUCGUAGUGAGGUUCUUACUUCGCCUCACGUGGUACAGCCAGUCAUACCUGUCGACUAGCAGCAGAGCACUGUGUUGAGAUGUUCUUAUGAUGCGUCAUGUAAGUCAAAUGAUCAGAGGUUUCUUAUGUGUGCCAGCCAUCUUUCAUGGCGUGUGGGACUUGGAACACACAGUCUUGUGCAGAUCAUCGCAGGUGGUUCAAAAAGCCAGCAAAGAUGGCUUGUCAUUCCGAGUGGUCGAUAAGGAUGAUAUUCGUUCGGUGGGGCAGGCGGAGCAGGGUGCUUGCCAACGUGCCUCAGCGUGAGUGUUUCCACUUUGCGAGGCAUGAUCAACAAUAUGGUCAAAGUGAGCGUUCCAAUGUGCCGAUUGCAGGUCCCUCCUGAGGUGUAUGACGGUGAGCGUAUGAUUUGCAAAACUAGUGGCAAGCAGUGUAGUUCCAGUAUGGCUUCUGCGUCGGGGGCAUGAGUAAGAUCGUUCGUCGGAGCCAUCCCCAAAGAGGGGUCAUGCAACGCCCCUGUUGGAGAGCUCCAUAGUGCUCCGAGUACUGGUCUAUACACAGUAGUGGGG